AUGGAAACGAAGGUGUCCCUGUGCACAGAACCGAGGGUCCUUUCACCCGCAGAAAAGAACGAGACUUCUCGGCCGGAACCGGAAGGGGAACCGGAAGGGGAACCGGAAGCGGAACCAGAAGGGGAACCGGAAGAAGGGGAAGGGGAAGGGGAAGGGGAAGGGGAAGGGGAAGGGGAAGGGGAGGGGGAAGGGGAAGGGGAA